GGCUCAAGACUUCUGCCGCGGUAUGACCUUCGAGGACGCCCUUGCCCACGUCAACUCUACCGGCCGCACAGACUUCACCCGGGAACAGUUGGAGGCCUUUGACACCAACCAUGACGGCAGCAUCAACUUUGCUGAAUACAUGGAAUUGAUGCUCAACAACGACAAGGAGCUCGCGUUCCGUAAUGCCAAGUUCAUCGCUUAGAUUGGGAGGAUUGGCCGGCGCUGUAUAUAGGCCGCGAUAUAG